AUGUUUUGCGGUGCGCUCUGUGGUGAGAGACCGGCGUGGUGGACCUGGCACCUCGCAUGGGUGGUGGUUGCCUUGGUCACGUGCACGCAUGGUUUCCCAAUCUCCGACUUCUGGUACCAUUACCUAGGAAUGUUCACAGCCACCUCCAUCGCAGUGUGUCAAUAUGUCCUCAGGCGGAGCCAUUUCCCGCGGCGGCGCUUCUGGUUUUGCUUUACGUGGCUGUUAUUGAUUUUCGCCACAACCAUGGUCUACGCGAAACUUCAAUGCGGAGUUUCUCUCCUGUACAAGUUCAUCAACUUCCGUCUUCUGGUCGCUGCGGGGCAGAGCAAGUUAGCCGUGCGCCUCUUUGCGCCCAAUGCAUGGACGAAGCUGCACGAUCACGCCAAGGUCUACGGAGGUUACGCCAGGUUCGUAACCAUCCUGUCCAUGGUUGCUGCUCGCGCCAUCUACUGGCAGGAUCUGUUCAGCUCGCGGGCCCCGUCCUUCAAUCUCUCUGCCGGUCUGGCCGCGUGCUGCUUCGUGUUCACGGAACUUUUGGAGGACCUGAUCGUUCUGCGAGAGUGGCUUCCAGAAAGCCCCAUCCCGAAGGAAGUGCUGAAAGAGCACCAGAAGUUUGACAACACGCACCCCAGCCAGUUGUUGGCAGUUCAGUGGCAAGCCGAGGAUGCCUUCGCAGACCCGGAUGAUGUGUGGCAUUGCAAUGAGCUUGACGGCAAAGGUGCGCGAAGAACCUCAUUCAUGGCAGAGUCCGUGUCGUUCAUGCCUACCUCAGAGGUUGUCGAGAAGCGUGUCGCGUUGGGGCACCGCGAAGAAGGUGUCCAUGCUCGUCUCCGCGAAUGGCUGGGCCAGCCGCGUGGCGUGACUCCUUGUCCGGCUUUGCACGGCUUGAGAGAAUUCUCUGUUGCAGCUCAGCGCGAUAAGCAUUCUUUGUGA